AUGGGCAACCUGCUCGAGAGGUGGAACCGUGAGGUGAAAUUUGUGCUAUUGCUAUUUUCUUCAGUUAAGAGAAACCCGGACGCCGGUGUGGCGACCGCGGUCCAAGGAAUCAUUCAACACCAGAAGUUCAAGCGCAUGCUCCUCUUCGGCUUGCGCUCCCUGGCAGACUUUUGCAGCCCCACCAACCAGCUCUAUCAGGAAAACGCUCAAGAUGCUAUGGAUAAAGGAGUCCUUCCCGCUAUGCAGACGGCAGUGGAAACCUUUCCAGAUGACGAAGAUCUGAUGAACUGUUGUUCACGAGUCAUCUGGGCUAUGUCGGAAGCGUGUAAAGAUGAGAUGGACGCCAACCGUAUUGCCCUUUUGGCUGCUCAUGGAGGGCCUGUCUGCCUUGCCAUUGUCAAUAGCUGUCCGACCGAUUCACAAACAGUGUCAGAUGCUAUGACAUUUGUGGAAAACAUGGACAAGGCAGGUAGCCCUUUGGAUGGGGGAACACUUGCGCCAGGGUUGUUGGCAAUUUUUUCCAAGAAAAUUAACAUGAAAACGGCAGCGCGCGUGGCGGCGGCUCUCGCAGUCGCCACGAACUCUCCUUCAGGAGCACAGGCAGCGGACGCAGCGGGAGGGAUGGGAACUGUUUUGGAUUUCUGCCUUGCUAACGGAGACAUGUCUGAGAGUUCAGUGCAGUGUGUUGAGUCGGUAUUUGACGCGUGCAAACAUAUGGCAGAACAGGGAUGCGCGCAGCGGGCUGUGUUGGAGCAGUGCAUUGGCGUAAUGGAUAAGUACAGAAGCAAGAAGGGAGCUUUCUCAAAAGGUUCAGCGGCUCUUGCAUCGAUGAUAGGGCCGGAGCAGUUGCAGCAGUGUCUGGCUACGCUGAAGUCUAGCUCGCCUGGAUCUCCUGAGCACGAUGAAGCUUUGACAACACUAGGCUCCAUGUCCUACAUUUCUUCAUUCACGGAUGAGAUUGUGCGGGCUGGUGGUAUCCCCUUGCUGUGCGAAUUGAUCAACAGUGGCCUGACGCAAAUCGAAACAAACCCCGACAAGAUUUACAAGAUGGUGGGAGGAGCGGCGAAAAUGCUUGCACGCAUUGCAUCUAAUCCAACAAACGUGGAUUCGAUGGUGCAGUCAGGAGCAGUGGCAACACUUGCAACGGCAGUAUCAUACUGCACAGACAAUCUGGAAUGCCUUGGUGCCCUGUGCAUGGCGUUGACUCCGCUUGCUGCACGUGAAAGUUUGGCUAGCGAGAUUGUCCAAUACCAGACAUUUGCUACGGUUCUUCCACUGCUGUACCAGCACGUUGAGAACGCAGACUUUGCUCCCUUGGCUAUGGAGCUCGUUGCCACGGGCUCUCAGCACCCUGAGCUUCAUCAGCACAUGGUGGCGAACCUUGCAGUUGAGAUCUGCGCGAUGUGCUGUAGCUACCAUUUGAAGGACACCUCCUUUCAGGCCAACGCGAUUCUUUCGCUAAAUCGUUUGGCUAGCAAUCUGUCCAGCGUCCACAGUAUUUUGGAGUAUAGCGGUUUUCAAGGCAUCAAUGCGUCUAUCAAAGCGAAUAUUCAGGACGCGACGAUUGUUCAAGGGGCCAUACAGCUCUAUGAACAGCUCUCCAAGGUGGCAGAUGCGAAGACUUAUAUGGCCAGCACUGACUGCGUCGAUGCAGUUCUGGAAGCCAUGCUUGAGCAUGAGCAGAACGAGGCGUUGGUGAACUCAGGUGUUAACUGCUUGAGCGUCAUCGCGACGGAAAGUGACUGCCAUCGGCACCUCAGCGACCUCGACACUGCCAUACAGACAGCAAAGGGGGAUCCGGAUCGUGCCUACCGUGCAUUGGCCGCUGUCGCGGGUCUCAGUCGCGUGAGUCACUUGCGGCAGUCUUUUGAGGCGAGAAAUGCAGCGGAGGUGAUCAUGAAGGGGAUUCAGAAUUGGAUUGACGGAUCGCGAUUUGAAGGGCAAGGUCGCGUAAUCCGUGCUGGUCUUAAAACAGUCAAGAUCAUCAAAGUUAAUGGCGAAGGCGACCUGACGCCUGUACUUGUGAGUAUGUGCGAGGUGGCGUGCCUCCCACCAGUGAAGCGUAUUGUUGAGCUUGAGGAGCCUGAUGACAACAUCCUGGUGCAUUGCACCGCCGGUGCUCGGGACGUCGCUGCUACCAGCAGGAUUUCGAGAGAGAACAUUGAUGCUGCAGUAGAGGCCAUCAUGAAAGUCAUGCGUAAAUACGCAGACAGUAGGCGGUCUCAGAUCAACUGUCUGGAGGCACUGAAUUACCUCGCUUUGUGCGACUCUGGAGGCGGCGUGGAAGUGAUAGUAAAAUCUGGAGCUUUGAACGCUGUUGUGCAGUAUCUGAAUAGGUCUCCGAUGUAUCUAGAUGCUCAAAUCGCAGGAUUUACGGUCUUGGCAACUUGUGCUAAGAUUGACCCAUCUUCAGCAGAAGUAAUGAAAAAGUGCAAUGUCCUUUCGGCAUUAAAGGUGGCGAUGCGCACACACUCAAAGAGCAAAGAACUCAAGAGGACAAUUGCUCCCCUGCUGGCGCUUUUGAUGCCGGUUGAUGCUCUCGAACGAGAAAUUUCCGAGAGAGUUGCCGAGUGCAAAGACGCCAUGGAGAAAAACAACAUGGUUGGCAUGCAUGAGGCCCUGUCGGAGCUAAACGAGCUCUUAGUGUCUGCCGAAGGGGCAAAAAUUGCUGCUCGCCUUGGUGUUGGGGCGGAGCUGGAAAGGUUUGCGACGUACGCAGUGGCCCACAAAUCUGUUGCAAUGGCUGCCACAGACUAUGACAUUCUUGGCAACGAUCUGUACGUUGCUACAAUGUCGGAAAUUGCUCAUGCUGUUGAGCAGAUGGCAUCGGUGAGGACAGGCUGUAUCCAUGCCCUUAAGACAGGGAAUGUUGAGAGUGUCCUAAGCAUGUACGGGGCUCUGAAUGCGACUGAGAAGAGCAGCUUUUCUGAGGAAGCCGCGCUGCACUGUCUGGAGGCCUUGAGGCUUAUGAUUAAGACCGAUAGGAAAUCAGCAGACGUCGCCUUCGAGCACAAUGUUGUCGCAAUUCUUUGUAGUGGGAUUGACAACUACCAGGACUCCGCCCCAGUGCUUGCAGCGACUUGCGGCUGUCUUGCGGCUCUGGCUACAACCCCGUCCCGUGUUGCAGCGUUGGUGGCGCAGCCCGACUUCGACAACCUUGUCAACAAACUUGUGCGCAUUAUUAGCGAAGAUCCGAAGAGGGACAACAGACUUGUGGCAAUCAAAGCUCUUAGGGAACUCGUGGAGAGGUGCAAUGAUCCUUCCUUAGCGGUGAAGAUUUGCGAUGCCGGUGCGGUUGUUGCACUCUUCUCGACUAUUGAGAAUUACGGAGACGAUGAAGAACUUGUCAGGGAAGCAGCAACGACUUUGGCGCUGUUGGGAGUCCACGACGACUUGCGUCGUUUCUAUGGAAACGACGUGCGUGGCCCAUGCAUGAUCCUUACUUCUGCAAUCGACAAGCAGAAGCACAGUGACGCCGCAGCUUACCAGUUGCUGAGUGUAUUAAAUAUUAUUACGACGCGGGAUGAUCGCCCCAUUCUUAAAGAGCUUGGUGCCAUGGGACAAGUAGCAGAGACGAUGCGCCUCCAUCCCGACAACGAAAAUAUCACUAGGGUUGGAGGUGAGCUCUUUGCGAAGAUGGGAGCUGAUGAGCAAAUCAAGAGCCUCAUGCUCCACAUUAUUUCCACUGUUGAAAGUGGUGACGAGAAUAUGGUGACCACAGUGGACGGAUUGUGCGCACAGCUGGCCAUGUUCUUGGCUGCACCGUUGGACGAUCCAGCAGACGCAUUACAGCAUACAGAGAAGUGCCUUACGGCGCUCACAACUGUGUUGCAAAUGGCACCGGAGGAUCAGCGGCUCCAUGGGAAUGUGGCUACUGUGGCACGGCGGCUGUGUGAUAGGUGCUUCGAUGAUCCUAAUGAUUCAUAUGGAGCUUGGGCAGUUGCAAGCAGCGGCUUGCUGCAUCAACUUGGUGCGAUGAUUGCUGCUGGGCAAGUUGACAGCAACAAGGGGUUUUUGGUGCCAGGCUACCGAACUUUGGCUGCCUGUGCUGCCAAUCCAUACAGCAUGCCAACCCUGCAAGAAGUUGCUCCUUCCUUCCUCCCGCAGACGUAUACCUUGUUAGAAGCCCAUAAGAACGAUGCAGAGACGACAGCUCGUAUCCUCGAAUUCCUGAGAUACUUCGCAGAAGAUGCGAAUGGAGCAGCUAUGAUCACACAAAAUAUGUCUGGAUCUUCGGGCGACAUUGUCUCACUCACACUUCUGUUGAUGCAACAGCAUCAAAACAGCGACGCUGUUGUGACAUCUGGCAUGUACUUACUGGGCGCUCUCGCUUACAACGGAGCUGUAUCAGGGGCGGAACCGAUUCCCAAGUUUGCGGAUGGAUCUGCUUUGCGGGAGUGCGAAGCCCUUUGCGGAACAAAUGCAAGCCAGGAGCGCAUGGUUGCGUAUGCAAGCUUGCUAGAGCGCUUAAUUCUUUCACAAUCGUACGGGGAGGCUCUUGCGAAGCAGAAGGCGCUGGAGAAACUUGUCCUUAGGAUGCAGGCAGAAGAAGAGUCGAAGAAGCUUUCCGAGGAGGCUCGUGCAAACAUGUUGUGCUCUGUCUGCCGGGUGUUCAUGGCAGCUGGCGCAGCCGCCAUGGUUGGCGAAAUCGAGCAAUCGAAGGGCUUUGAUUUGAUUAUUCAGGCUAUCGAGGACUACCCAGACAACCCAGGUGUUAUUCGCGAUUCUUGCAGAGCUCUUGCAGCCAUGUCAGCCAAUGAUGCCAACUUGGCUGCACGGACUAUCAAGGAAGCAAUACCACUACUGGCGGCAGGUGAAGCACAGGCAACAAUAACGAGUGAUGCCGAGUGUGCUGACGCGUACUGUGAUUUACUGAUGCAACUUUGUGCUGCUGAGGGCAACGGUAGGCAGCUGCUGGCAAUCGACGGUGUGGAAGACAGCUUGAAUAAGAUCGACGCUUUAUGUGACUCCGGCGGCUCUGAAGAUGCUGCUGAGCUCAAGAAGAAGACUGCCAUGAUUCGUCAGGCUAUGGCGGAUGACCAGCCCCAUGAGAAGACGUGCAAAGAUGUUUACGACCUCUUGAAUAACCGUGUUGCCUCGUCACUUUCAAUUGCAAUCCCCGAGGUCGCGGUCCUUCAGGAGGAGCUCGAGUUCGUAUUCAGUAGACUGCAGAUGUACAAUGCCGAGAAGCUUGACUGGCGCACUCCUAUCGGUGCUGAUCACCAGUACGGAAACAUGGCAUUGGAAAUUUUCGCUAGUUCGCCUGCCAACUACAAGGCUCUUCAACAGCAAGAAUUUGUCAAGAUGGAGCUGUCGAUUCUGAAGAGCGUAAAAGAUGAAGAGAUUGUCCUGUACGCAGUCAAGGCCUUAGCUUCCGGCUGUAAGAACCCGGCUUGUGCUCAAGAUUCAGCAAGAACUGCAGGCUGCCCGACCAUUGUAACGGAGGCUGUUAGCAGAGUCAAUAAAGCCUCCGACAUGGCUAAUGAAAGAAAGGAAGAGCAUCUUUGUGCCAGGCUUCUGCUUGUGGAACGCACUGCUGUCAACCGCAACCUCUACAACAAGACGAACGCCGUCUCUGAGCUCAUUCGUUGUUGGAAUGACUUUGAUAAGGGCAUGUAUUCAACCACGUUGCUGAGGCACGUAUUCCGUGCAAUGAGACGUAUCGUUUCCGAUGCUCAUGUGGACGAGUUACUGAAGGCCAAUGUGCUCCAGCGAUUGAUUGCGAUAAUAGCAGAUCUAAAUGCUGAUCUAGCGCUGCUGCCUGACGUGCUCUUCCUGCUAGGGUCCCUGGCAGUAGUACCAGAGAUCAAGUCAAAGAUUGGAGAGCUCAAUGGCGUAACAGCUUGUUUCGAGCUGCUCCAACGGUCUUUGCCGAACCCGCAGGCUACUGCGGUAGUCACAAAUACUUGCUUGGCGUUUGCAAAUAUCUGCAUUGGCCACAAGAAAAACACAGAGUUGUUCCACAAGCUGGGCGGGCCUGAUCUGACUGUUCGCGUCCUGAAUGAGCGAUGCACGGAGUAUGAUGUGUGCAACGCGGCUUCAGUGCUGCUUUGCAAUCUGCUGUACAAGAACGAGGCUAUGAAACAGCAUCUCGGCACCAAUGGUGCUCCGGCAGCGCUUGUGAAGGGCCUUUCAAACUACGAUGGCUCGACGGAACGUUCAGCGAUACGCUGUUUAGAGUCUCUGUUCAAAGCUAUUAGCAAUCUUUCUCUGUACACGCCAAAUAUCCAGCCGUUCUUGGAUGCAGGAAUCGAGAACGCGUACAGCGCUUGGCUGAGCAACUUGACGGAGGAGUUUCCAGACGCGCAGCUGGAGACAGGUUGCCGUACUCUGGCCAACCUCGUAAUGGAAAAUGAUCCGAACAACAUGAGGAAGUUUGGCGUCUGUUUGCUGCCUUGCAUGCAAGUGGCGAGUCAAGGUCGCCAGGACACGAAGGCGCUUAUGCUACUUCUAGACAUUGAAGCGUCUCUGUGCCGUCUAAAUGACAACGCAGUGGCAUUUGCUGACAAUGGUGGCAUUGAAACAACGAUACGCAUUAUCCACCAGUUCGACUAUGAUGUAGGAUUGCUGACUUUGGGGAUCCACUUACUGAGCAUUCAAUCUACCUUAAUGCCUUCAAUUCAGCGCAUGGUAGAGGCAGAUGUGUUCUCUAUUUUAGUUGGAUGCGUUGAAGUUGAUGCUGAGGGUAACGAGGUUACCGAUCUCGUUGUGGGCGGCCUGCGCUGCACGCGUCGCAUUAUUAGGUCGCAGGAGCUUGCUUUCGAGUAUUGCAAUGCAGGUGGCAUUGCAACCGUGGCAAACGUAAUUUGCAAAUCAAUUAACCAGCCGAUGGUCAUGCUCGAGGCAUGCCGGGUGUUGCUUUGCUUGCUCGCCUUGACAACACGACCUCAAGAGGAACGCGCUGCGGCUGUCCAGGCAUUACAUGAUGCUGCUGCAAAGGCUGCACAGGAAGCCGGAGCAGUUCCAGAUGAAAAUGGGAAUAUUCCUGAUGCAGAGCCAGACCCAGAGGAGCUCGCAAACGCUGCCUAUGGCGGUUGGUAUCACAUGGGGAUGGAUGAGGUCAUGAUCGGAGCGAUCAUUCAGGCGGUCUGCGCAUGUGCUGGUUCUGAAAGCCAUGCUAAGCAGCUACGUCUUCAGCGUAUCUCUCUCGGUGUAGCUGCUCACUUUGUAUCGGAGCAGAUGGGCCAGGAGUCUUUUGUUGGAAGCGGAGGUGAACUCGUAAUAAUGCAAGCCUUAAACACUUUCCCUGGCGAGCAAUCUAUUGCGCAGCUUUCAUGUAUCAUAGUCAACUCCAUCGCCAUGACGUCGGGAGACAUGUACGAUAGUAUCAAAACAAGGGAGCUCGUCGCGGCAUUCAAAGGAAGCAUUUCAAAGAUUGGAAACAAGAAGCCUGAAGAGAAGGCGGUUCGCGAUGAGUGCCAGAAGACUCUGGAUGCUUUAGGCUCAAAUCUUGAUCCUAUGGACGCUUUUGCGUCGACUGUCACCGAGUUGGACUUGAAUAUUACGCAGUGGAAUGUAGACCCAUAUCCCAAUGGUGUCCAUGACCUGCCUGUUCACGUGAAGGAGGCUCUGCGCAAGGGUGGAGAACUCAAAGUGUAUAUUGGCGACAAGGAAGCAGAAAAGAUAAGAUGGCGUAGUUCCCAGGAUCUCAAUGCUUUCGAGUGGAAUAUCGGUAAUGAGACGGACUGGAAUAAUCGCGUGCCCAUUGUUCGUAUCCGCAACGUUGCGAAGGGUUUAUCGCACCCAGCGCUUGUCAAGGCAAACAAAAAGUCCAGAAGCGUUACAUCAAAGAUUUGUCUAUGCAUAUUUGGCCCACCGAACGAAGACAAUCCGGCCGGUAUUGAGCUCCCGCUCCGCGCGAAGUCUCAGAAAGAGCGUGAUCACCUCGUGGAAAUGCUUGUCCAAUGGCGCGACGCUGCUACAUACAACUUUUAA